AUGCUGCAGGACAAGGGCCUGUCGGAAAGCGAGGAGGCCUUCCGGGCCCCCGGCCCAGCGCUGGGCGAAGCCAGCGCCGCCAACGCCCCGGAGCCCGCGCUGGCCGCGCCGGGCCUCACCGGAGGAGCCGCGCUCAGCAGCCCCCCAGGCCCCGGUGCCGACGUCGCCGCCGCCGCUGCGGCCGAGCAGACCAUCGAGAACAUCAAGGUGGGGCUGCAUGAGAAGGAGCUCUGGAAGAAGUUCCACGAGGCGGGCACCGAGAUGAUCAUCACCAAAGCGGGCAGGAGGAUGUUCCCCAGCUACAAGGUAAAAGUCACCGGCAUGAACCCCAAGACCAAGUACAUCCUGCUGAUUGACAUCGUCCCUGCAGAUGACCAUCGCUACAAGUUCUGUGACAACAAAUGGAUGGUGGCAGGGAAGGCUGAGCCGGCCAUGCCAGGAAGGCUGUAUGUCCACCCAGAUUCUCCUGCCACUGGGGCCCACUGGAUGCGGCAGCUGGUCUCUUUCCAGAAGCUCAAGCUGACAAACAACCACCUGGACCCCUUUGGCCAUAUCAUCCUCAACUCCAUGCACAAGUACCAGCCACGGCUACACAUCGUUAAGGCUGAUGAGAACAAUGCUUUUGGCUCCAAAAACACAGCCUUCUGCACCCAUGUGUUCCCAGAGACCUCCUUCAUCUCUGUGACCUCCUACCAGAAUCACAAGAUCACACAGCUGAAAAUUGAGAACAAUCCUUUUGCCAAGGGAUUCCGGGGCAGUGAUGACAGUGACCUGCGUGUGGCCCGGCUGCAAAGCAAAGAAUAUCCUGUGAUUUCCAAAAGCAUCAUGAGGCAGAGGCUCGUCUCCACCCAGCUCUCAGCAAAGCCUGACGUCAGCCCCCUGCAUGGCGCCCACCAGGCGCUCCAGCACUACCAGUACGAAAACGGGGCUCACAUGCAGUUCGCAGCAGCGGAGCCGCAGGACCUUGCUCUCAACACCUUCCCUACCCAGAGGGACUCCAGCCUCUUCUAUCACUGCCUGAAAAGACGAGCAGACAGUGCACGCCACCUGGACUUACCGUGCAAGCGAUCCUAUCUGGAAGCUCCCUCUUCGGUAGGGGAGGAUCACUACUUCCGUUCUCCCCCUCCCUACGACCAGCAGAUGCUGAGCCCCUCCUAUUGCAGCGAGGUGACCCCAAGAGAAGCCUGUAUGUACUCAGGGUCAGGGCCUGAGAUUCCCGGGGUGUCUGGGGUGGACGACUUGCCCCCACCCCCGCUGAGCUGUAACAUGUGGACUUCGGUCUCACCGUACACCAGCUACAGCGUUCAGACAAUGGAGGCCGUGCCUUACCAGCCUUUCCCCACGCACUUCACCGCCACCACUAUGAUGCCUCGGCUGCCCACCAUCUCUGCUCAGACCUCCCAGCCACCGGGAAACACCCACUUCAGUGUCUACAACCAAUUGUCACAAUCUCAGGUCCGAGAGCGGGGGCCCCCCACCUCCUUCUCAAGAGAGCGUGGCCUCCCUCCUGUGUGUGAGAGGAAGCCGCCCUCCCCACACCUGAAUGCUGCCAAUGAGUUUCUCUACUCCCAAAGCUUCUCCUUGUCCCGGGAAUCUUCCUUACAGUAUCAUUCAGGAAUGGGGACUGUAGAGAACUGGACUGACGGAUGA